UUGGGCGGCUCUUCGGGCGGCGCCUCUAUCCUCGACUUACAUACCGGCGCUCUUUCGAUGGCAACUAAUUUCGUGAAUAUCUAUAAACUCAUAGAAAGUAAACCACAGAAGGAAGAGGUGUUCAGCGAAAAAGACUUUGAAGUCUACAGAACUGUGAAAAACAAAAUCCGCGAAACGAUUGCAAUUCAUUUCGGCAUCUCUUCGGCUCAGCUCUACUUAACUGAUCCGACGUUCUUCUCGAGACUGACGGAAAAGAGCGCCCAAACCAAACACGACGAGUAUUGGCACAAACACGUCGACAAACACACCUAUAAGUCCUUUCAUUUCACUUCUUUGCUCUAUUUGUCGACAUAUGGGGAGGACUUCUCUGGCGGACGCUUCCUCUUCACGGACGAGACAUCAAACAACACAAUCAUAAUUGAGCCUAAAUUGGGACGACUCUCGGCGUUCACGUCCGGCUCAGAGAACGAGCACUUCGUCGAGAGGGUCACCUCUGGGACCAGAUUUGCUAUAACUGUGUCCUUCACCUGUGAUCCUAAGUUCGCCAUCAAAGACCCACAGAUUGUUAGACAUAAGAACUGA